AUGGCUGAACUUAGGCGGUUAUAUUUGUUGUAUAUUUUAUUGCUGAUAUCUUUAUUGGCUUUAUCGGAUACUGAAUCCGAUAAACAUCAUCUACAACAACAGACAACAGAUAAAAAAUUACAGCAGUCUGAUCAAGAAGAUGCUGUAGAACAAGACAGUGAUCCAGAUGAGGCUGAAAAGGCUCCAGGAACACCAGAAAAAGAAUCAGACGUUUCAAAACCAAGGCCCAGUCGUCCACCAGCAGGCGAUGAAUAUACAGAUGAGAGUGAUGAUGCAAAGAAGUUAGCUGUUGGUCAUUUUUACGCUAAACGAGGCAACGAUUUGUAUGAAAGAGCUAUGCGAUUACUGAAUAAAGGUCGAUCACUUCAUUCAGAGGACAAGAAAAUUAUUUAUAAAUUAUUGGAUGAGGCAGCGGAACUAAAAAACAAAGAAGCUAUGAAAUUGAUGGGAUUUGCUCUUCUUUUUGGUGAUCAUACGCGAUGGAACGUGGACGAAGCAAGAGAACUGUUUGAAAAUUUAGCGUCAACAGGUUCAGCAGAUGCACAGUUAGGUUUAGCUUUCUUGUACGGAACAGGGAUUGGCGUACCAGAGGCUUCCCAGUCGAAAGCUCUUUUAUACUAUACAUUCUCCGCACUGGGUGGAAAUCCGUUGGCUCAGAUGGCACUGGGUUAUCGUUAUUGGGCUGGGAUAUCUGUUCCUCAGAAUUGCGAACGGGCUUUAACUUGGUAUAAGAAAGUUGCAUCUCGAGUUGCUGAGCAAGUCCGUUUGAGCGGGGGCACAGCAAUACAACGGAUUAGGCUGCCUGAUGAAAACGAUCUGGUUGGGUUUGGCGCAUCGUCUUCAGCCGGUUCUUUGUUAGAUUCAAAUCUCUUGAAUUACUAUAAAUAUCUUGCUGAUAAGGGAGAGAUUUCCGCUCAGGUGGCGCUGGGUAUGCUUUACAUGAAUGGAGGACGAGGGAUUGAGCAAAAUGAUGAGCUUGCUGCACAGUAUUUUCUUUCAGCCGCUGAGGCUGGGAGCGCUAGUGCUUACGCAUAUCUUGGUAAAAUGUUUCUUGAUGGGACGACUGCAACACCUCAAGACAACGAGACUGCCUUCAAACAUUUUACUAAAGCUGCGCAAAGUGACAAUGCUAUUGGUCAGAGUGGGCUUGGAGUUAUGUAUUUAUAUGGGAAAGGGGUGAAACAAGACUAUGAUAAAGCGCAUAGACUGUUCAAACUUGCUGCUGACCAGGGUUGGGUUGAUGGACAACUUAAUCUUGGUCAUAUGUAUUAUAGCAAAUUUUCAGAAGGUUUGGGUGUGAAGAGAAAUUACAAAUCGGCAAUUGAGUAUUUUCAACUAGCUUCUCAAUCGGGCAAUGUUUUGGCCUAUUAUAAUUUGGCUCAGAUACAUGCAACAGGCGCUGGAGCACCGCGCAAUUGUCAUACAGCUGUCGAGCUGUACAAAAAUGUGGCAGAACGGGGGCGAUGGUCGGAGCGUUUGAUGGAAGCAUACAAUAGCUACAGGGACGGACGUACGGAUGAAGCAGCCUUCAAAUAUCUUUUCCUGGCCGAACUGGGUUACGAGCCUGCUCAAACUAAUUUUGCAUAUAUACUUGAUAGAGGAGAGUUUGAGCUUUUUACUAAGGAAGAAGCUUGGCGACGGGCACUGCUUUAUUGGCAACGGUCGGCGAAUCAAGACUAUGCAACUGCUCGUAUUCGAUUAGGAGAUUAUCACUAUUAUGGGUGGGGAACACCAGUUGAUUAUGAAAUGGCUGCAACACAGUACAGAAUAGCUAGUGAACGUCAUCAAGCUGCUCAAGCCCUCUUCAACCUUGGAUAUAUGCAUGAAAAAGGAUUUGGAAUAAAUAGGGAUAUUCACUUAGCUAAAAGGUAUUAUGACAUGGCUGCAGAAAAAAGUAAAGAUGCGUAUAUUCCUGUCUGUUUAGCACUAACGAAGCUUGGCUUUCUUUUUUUGCUCGAAUAUUUGGGACAGACGGGUGGGUUUGGGACUGGCGAAGCGUUGUGGAAGACUGUCACCUCAGUUAGUAGUUCUGGUCGGAAGAAGGGCCGUGGAGCGACUCGUCAACCUGAGAGACCGCUGUAUAAGUUUUAUCGUAUUGGUUCUGGUCCGCUGAAAGUAAAGUUUCCUGGAUUAAACGCUCCAGUUGAAAACAAGUCUGCCGUUCAACUUGUUAAUCAAAGUGAUGAGGAAAGAGAGUUUGAAUUAGGAAGAAUAAAAAGGGUUUUGGAAGAAAAAACGAGAGGGUUUAUUCCUUUUUCUUUCUUGAUGCAGUUAAGUUGCUUUAGAAAGUUCGAUACGCAAAAACUUCAUCCUCUCGAACGUGGUUUCUCAGGGAAGAAAGUUACUGGUCAGAAACUGGGUCCCCCUCCACCAGUCGGCGAUGUUACAUUCGAUAACUUUGAAAGUAUCUGCUUAGACCUAAAAAAGACAUGUGUUAUGACCGGCAGUCUUGGACGCACUUUUAGUGUUGCCGCAUUAAUUAUUGUUGGAAAUGGUGAAGGCUUGGCUGGAUAUGCUGUUGGGAAGGCUCCACUUUUCCGUACUCUUCGUGCUAUUCUUAGUGGAAUGAAGAUGGCGUCAAGAAAAUUAUUUUACGUCGAAUUAUUUGAGGGAAGAACCAUUUAUCAGGAUUUCUAUGCGGAAUGCCGGAAUACUCGUGUUUUUGCGCAACGUCGUCCCGCUGGUUAUGGGCUGUUUUGCCAUCCGAGAUUGCAAAAGAUUUGUGAGAUCAUUGGUAUUAAAGACAUUUCCGUGAAAGUUGAAGGAGCCACGAAAAAUUAUCUUGCUUUAACUCAUGCUUUUAUCACAGGAUUACUGAAUCAAGAAACGCAUCAGCAGCUAGCAGAGCGAAAAGGCCUUCAUGUUGUCGAGCUUUCCCCAGCGAGGCACUACAUGCCAAAGAUUAUUGCUUCACCCAUAUUUAGUCGCUUAAGGACCGAUGAGGAACUCACGCCUGUGGAGCGUUUGAAACUUGACGAUUUUUAUGGCGAAGGAAGAUAUCCUCUAUAUAAGCCGAAACCACCACCAUUCUAUGCAAACACACCUGGCCAUUUGGAGGCUUUAUGGAGGGAGCAUCCCUUUAGGAAUCAAGACCAGAAGAUGAUACGCAUGUUGGCAGAUGAAGAAGUUCCAAGGUGGACUCGUGCGGAGCGUAAAAAUUGGGGUUUAAAAAGAGCGGAUAUGGUCAAAAAUGGAACACUUCCUAUGCCGAUGGGGAUUGGUCUGACCGACGUUGUUCCUCAGCCGAGCUAA